AAGAUUCACUUCCACGCACGUCUUAGUUUUCCGUUUCCUCAUAUGCUUCCACUUGUUUCACUAAACCUUCGUGAAUUUGGACUGAACUUGCUUACGUUUCGACGCAGUACGGCCGUCAUUACUUCGCUAAGAUUAAAACAUUAUUCGUUGAACCUUCGCGCCCGGCGAAAUUCGUCGCGGUGCACGUUUAAGAUUUUCGGCCUAGUUUAGCUUAGUUUGCUAGUCGCCGACGCGUUUGUGAGCAACACAUCGCUUAGCACAGAUCAAGUGUGAAAAUGUGCGCAAGAAGGACAGCAGAGUACGAGGAGGAGCUUUGUGGACCAAAACAGGAGAACGAGCCACAACGUCAACUAUUGGACGCUGUUUGCAAGAUGCAGCGUCGAGACGUCAGUGAAGAUCUUGGUCCUGGGCAGCAGAAGCCAGCGUACCCUCAUUUUAAAGAGGAAGUGGAGCAUGAAGAGCCCCCCCAAAAUCAAGAGGAUGAGGAGCCAGAUCACACUCGCAUGGAAGAGGUGGAAGAUCCCUACCGCAUUAAAAAGGAAGAGAAGUCUGAGUCCCCUCACAUUAAAAGGGGGAGGCAUGAACACCCCCUGCAUAUUAAAGAGUGGCAAGAAGAGCCACCGCACGUUAAAGAGGAGGAUGAGCAUAUCACCAAUAUGCCAUCAAUUGGGGUUUGUUUGAAGAGUGAAUAUGGUGAAGGUGAGGAGAGCACAGGGACUGAGGCUCCAAGCAGCAGCUUUAUGACUCCACUAUCAGAUAGUGAUGACAAAGCGUCACACACUCCUGACGGUGAUGAACCGUCCCAAGGUCAUAAGGCAGGUCACAGUGAAGACAAGCACUGGAAAUGUUCUCAUUGUGGGAAAACCUUUGCUUUUAAGAGCCGUUUGAAACUGCACACGAGGACACACACGGGAGAGAAACCUUUUACCUGCUCAUUUUGCGGUCAAAGAUUCUCUUGUAAAAGUCAAUUGACAACACACACCAGAGCGCACACUGGAGAGAAACCUUUUACCUGCUCAGUUUGUGGCCAAAGAUUCUCCUUGAGUGGAAACUUAACAAUACAUACAAGAACACACACUGGAGAGAAGCCAUUUGCCUGCUCAGUUUGCGGUCACAGAUUCUCUCAUAGAAGUCAGCUGAGAGUACACACAAGGACACACACUGGUGAGAAGCCUUAUGCAUGCACCGUUUGCGGUAAAGGUUUCUCUGAAAACAGAACUUUGAGAGAACACUCAAAAACACACACUGGUGAGAACCCUUAUACCUGCACAGUAUGUGGUAAAACCUUCACCCUCAAGGGACAUUUGGUAACACACACAAGAAUACAUACUGGGGAGAAACCUUUUGUCUGCUCGUUUUGUGGUCAAACUUUCACUCGAAGAGACCAUUUGACAACCCACUCAAGAACACACAUUGGUGAGAAACCUUUUGCCUGCUUAGUUUGUGAUCAAAGAUUCUCUCAUAACAGAACCUUAAUAAAUCACAUAAGGACACACACUGGUGAGAAACCAUUUGCCUGCCCAGAUUGUGGUAAAAGAUUCACUCAGAAGGGAGACUUACAAAUACACACGAAAAUGCACACUGGCGAGAAACCUUUUUCCUGUUGUGUUUGUAAUCAAAGAUUCUCUCGCAAUGGAAACAUGAUACGUCACAAAAGGACACACACAGGGGAGAAACCUUAUGCAUGCACAGUUUGUGGUAACAGUUUCUCCCAUAAGGGACAUUUGACAACACACACACGAAUACACACUGGGGAAAAACCUUUUGCCUGCUCAGUUUGUGGACAAACAUUCAAUCGAAAAGGCCAUUUGACAAAACACACAAGAACACACACAUGAUAGAGCUUUUACCAGCUAACUUUGUCAACAAUAAUCCCAGUGCUCAUACUGGUCAUUGGAGACUUCAAUCUGUGUCCUCCCUUUCAUGUAUGUUUAUAUAUAUAAGAGAGAGAGAGCGAUGCAAUAAAGGUGAAUAAAACGUUACCUCCUUUAUGUGAAAUGUCACUCUAAACAGAGCUAUGGCAUGUUUGAAUUACAAGAGAUUAUGUCAAUUAUGAUUGUGAAAUACCAUCCAUCCAUCUUCUGUACUGCUUAUCCUCACUAGGGAUCGCGGCGUGCUGGAGCCUAUCCAAGCUUCCUUUGGGCGAGAGGCGGCGGGGUACACCCUGAACUGGUCCCCAGCCACUCGUAGGGCACAUACUGUAUAAACUAACAACCAUUAACACUCACAUUCACACCUACAGGCAAUUUAGAGUCGUCAAUUAACCUACCGUGCAUGUUUUGGGGAUUUGGGAGGAAACCGGAGUACCUGGAGAAAACCCACACAGGCACGGGGAGAACAUGCAAACUCCACACAGGCGAAGCAGGGAUUUGAAUCCCGGUCCUCAGAACUGUGAGGCCGAUGUGCCAACCAGCCACCACCAUGCCGCCUGAUUUAAAAAUGAUUUUACUAAUUGUCUUUUGUGUUAGAUGUGUUGACAAGUGUGCUGCUGAGACUACCAGUGACCAAUGAAGCUUCAACUGGAAAUGCAGAUGUCUCAGGAAUGUCUCAAGAAAUCCGAUCAGGCUUAGUCCAUUUUUUUUUUAUCUAGCCUAUGUGCAUGUGCAAUGUCAUCGAAGACAACCAAAAGAGUCCAGUUGCUAUUUGAUUUUACGCCCUGAGAAUGAGGUGAACUGGUUGAAUAAGAAAAAUGCACAGGCAUAGAUGUUUGAUCAUGAAACUGUCUGUGACACUGAUUUUGAACAAUAUUAUAUCUCCCUUGUUGUAGUUUUUAUAUUGUAUCCUAUUUACCUUCUUCCAAACCUCCAGUGGACAAGUAUCAAUAAAUAGCAUUUGUGCUGCUUUGUCCAAUAUUUUGUGAUGCUUAUAUCAAGUAUCAAAUUAGUGACCGAUUGAUUCAUGAAACUUUGACUUACAGUGGUAAGAUGAAAAAGUGUGAUCCUGAUUAUAAUACAACUCUUCAAAAAGAGUGUCUCAGUUUACGUGUACUGAUAUAUAUUUAUAAAACAUAUUUGGAAAUCAGAAUGCAAAGAAAUAAAUGGCUGAAAGUGUAUCACGACUGCGGCUCUCCUUGCCCACAUGUAUUACACUACCUUAAUUGCUCACUUUUUUUUUUUUCCACUUCCCUCGAACGCAGGUGUGUCUGAAGCUCAGAACAUAGCAAAAAAUGGACCAAGCCACAGCUAAUACCUGGAAAAACUACACUUGGGCACUGAUUUCCAUGGGGAAAUGGAGCUGCUUUUCGAGGUGGAUAAAAGGAGCUUUGCCGAAAUGAACGGCCGUGAGGGCAUGAUGGUCUCGCCAGCUCGUGCGAACUGGAUGGCGGCCCGCAAGGCAGUUUGUAUCAGCUUCAGCACUGCAUGAAGAGAAAGAGAAGAGAAAACCCACGUAGGCAAGGGGAGAACUUGCCCGAUUGGGGGGUUUAGAUUAGCGGAUGUUGUGAAUCAUUGCCAACUGUGGGCCUGUGACGCCCCUUGAGACAAUUUUGUCAAUAGGGCUAUACAAAUAAACAAAAAACAUUAUUUCACAGGACUUGUUUUGCUUGCCCUCGUUGUGCAUUCUGAAAUCAGUACACAACCAAUGUUUUGGCAUCCUUCCCAAUCCCGCGCAAGCUUUGUGAAACUCGUUGUGCUCCACUCAGAGUUCCAUGGCUCAGUGCUGCAUUCAUUUGCCCAAUGUGCACUGGAAAUCCAACCACUUUUAUCACAGAACAACAACACAGGUCGCUUCAGUACUGUAUGUUAAUGUUACUGUUUUACAUGAUAACACUUCCUUGGUUUACAAAAGAGUGCCGUCAUAAAAAGAGGUUGGCAUUUUGUUGUCAGAGAUGACGAUUAGUAUUUGGUGGGUAAACCUGACAUACUGGCAACAGUAAGGUAUAUGGUUGAUUCUUGGAAAAGAGUGGACAGAAGUGGCACCAAGUAUGUGUGGAGGAGAGUCUACUUUUCCGGUGGAGAUUCUACGCAAGCCCAGGUAUGUUGUCCUUUAUAAACUCGUGACCAAGAAUUUUAGGCGGGCAUUUUGAUCUGACUCUGAAAGCAGCUGCAUGACAUGAAGACAUUUCAAAUAAACCUUUAACUAGGCCAAAGCCAGUGUCGUGAAGUCUUCAUUUGCUCCUGUCCAACAGAGGCAGCCGUCUACCCAGGAGAACGGCUGCCCAAACCUUCCGAAACCCACUUCAGUACAUCUUACUAUCCAAUGUGAAAAGCACAAUUGACAUUUAAAAAUAACCCAAUGUCAUGUUUGUGAUGAAGACGUAAUUCUGGUUAAGAAACUUUAUUGACAGAUCUCCAGCAAAAGCAAGAAACAAAUACAAUGAACGACAAUGAAUGAACAUCAAUAAAGUCGAUUUAAACUAUGGAUCCAGCACUGGUUCCAUGCAGUUCCAUUUCAGUGCAAACUUAGCACCCGCUGUCCAGUGAUAUACUGUAUACUGUACUGGCGCUUAUCCCAGCUGACUCUAGACGAGGUACACCCUGAACCGGUCGCCAGCCAAUUGCAGGGCACACAUAGACAACAAUUCACACUCACAAUCACACCUACGGACAAUUUAGAGUCUUUAACUAACCUACCAUGCAGGGGUGUACAGAGUGGUGCUCAAAGGUAAAAAGGGGGCACAUGGAACAAGACUUUGUAACGCCUCAGCAGAGCAUUGCAGGCUAUUUUAUGAAAACAGAAUAAGAAAAGACACUUGUCUUAAGGACACCAGGAAUUGCAGUUACUAGCAAACGUGCGCACCAUUUGCUUAGUCGUUGAUGGGAAUGACAAUAAACCCACA